UCAGCUUUUCACGCCACUCGGUCACACCUCUCGGUGCUAUCGGUCUCGGACACCGUCAUCAGUGACACGCAUUUUCCGGAUUUGGCCAUUACCAGAAGCGCAUAAGUGAAAGGAAGUAAACGAAAAAGUGUUUUUGUGAGUGCGAGAGAGAGAGAGAAAAGUGUUUUACAAAACAGCAAAUGCAAUAAUAACAAAAGCUCCACCACCCAAUCGGCGGUGACAGGAGGCGGUGAACAGGGAACAGGGAGUGGAAGUGUAAGGAAGGAAGGGCAGAGCGCACCGUCCACCGAGUGUCCACCUUCCCUAGAAUCGUGGCAGACGCGGCCACGUUCGUGGGCGAGCCAGCGAGCAGAUGAAAAAACACUGAUAAUUGCCCUAAUUUAUAGCUGUUCAAACAUUGGCCGGUAAAUAGGAGACAGGGCAGGCAGACCGGAGUACGGACAGACGACGUUGUUGUGGAGUGUUGGCUGGCUUCGCUUCCAGUCCAUUGCCAUUUGCGAGAACACACGAAGGGAGGCAGCGAGAGCAUCUAGAGCACCGAGAGGCCGUCGGAAAAGGUAGAAACACCGGCCCCGAGAGGUGUAUCCCGGACCUAGGAUUCAAAUGAAUCGAUUUGCACCUGGAAGACACUGAUCCGCCGUCUCAGUUCUACGCUUCCCGCAACCUAUCGAUCGAUCACGAGACAAACGAAGUCAACUACGGAACCAGAACCCAAACCAACCGUCAACGCCAAUCAACCACCACCGACAGUCGGAAACAGGAAACACAGUUUAACCUAACCACACCCGGGAGUCUCGCGGACCAGCGUGCAGACUCGCACCAGAAUGAGCAGCCAUCGGUUUGCGUUGGCGCUCGGUGUGGCGCUCCUCGUGGCGCUGCUAGUUAGCGGUACCGUGGCGGCGCCUCAAACGCCCUCAGCGACCAGUCCCGACAACCAGACAACCAGAGAAGGGGGAGAAGGAGAAGGAGUACCGGAGCAGGACGCUGUUGAAGCAUUGUUGUUGACGACUGUCGUUCCCUCUUCCGGACUACCGGUGACGACGAAGGCGCCGUCAGAAUCCGCUGCUGACGUGGUGGAUGGUGAUGGCGUGUCAUCGUCAUCACCGCAACCUUCCAUCGAAAACAGCCAACCACCAGAUGUGUCAUCAUCGCCAUCUGCACCACCAUCAUCGUCAUCAUCAUCAUCAUCAUCACCGCCACCAGAAGACGUGUCAUCCACGGUGUCUACGGGAGUACCUUCCGCUUCGCUGACACCGCCACUAAUCGUCCAAGCGCCGCUAAUGGCGUCAAGAACAAUUGUCUCUAGUGGCCAAACACCCGCCACCACCCACAGUGGCACCUCGCACCUUCCACCGACCGCCCCAGACACGCCGACGGAAGCGUCGGUUACGGCUCAAGAGGCCACCAACCCGGCGUCCCCAGCCAAGGAAGAGUCAACGGAGGUGCCAAGUGCCGAACCGGAUACCGUGACUGCUGGUGCAGUAGAAGCAUCAACAGCAACUGCCUCUCCUGUUGCCGCCGCUGCUGCUGCUGCUACUACCGUCGGAUCGCCCGCUGCACCCUCCGCAGACGUUGACUCCGGAGCGGAAGAUAAGAAGCCGGCUGACCUGGAACCGGAGAGUGAAACGCCGGUCUUUAGCUUCGGCAUACGGCUGUUCACGGUGGAGGUCGUCACCGGGACGGAGCGCGCGAGUGACGAGCAAAUCGAGCCAACCAACGGAACUCAGGCGGAAAACUUAACUCACGAAGGUGUCGGCGGGCCCCCGACCGGCGAGCACUCCGCCGAGAGCACUCCACUGGCGAGGAAUGCGGACGACACGGCGGACACUGCAAGCCAACAGCCUACACCAGCGUCAAGUGUCGCCAACACCGGCGAUGGCACCGGCAGUCAACAGUCAAGCGGGGCCACAAUCAACACGGAGGUAGCGGCAGAAGUGGAUCCAGUUUCCCAGGAACCGAAUCCACUGCAACAGCAGCAAGAGGAUGAUGAUGGUCACUCCGGGGAUGCAUUUUCGAACGAAAUUCACGUGGAACGCAAUCUAAAGAACGGUCUGUACCGGAUCAAGAUAGCGGAAAUCACGACCGACGAGUUUGACAAUGGGUUGCGCGAGAACGACAACGAAAACAUGCUGCUGACGGACUCGAUGGGCGGCCGGAUGCACCUCGCUGCUCAACCGCCACCCCUACACAAGUCCAUCUAUCCAAGCAAGAUCAAUAUCGAUGAUUUUUAUCCCUCGAAGAUGGAGGAUUUUAAGGGCCAAGAACAGCAGCAGCAGCAGCAGCAAGAGCCAGGACUGGAUAACAGUCUGCAGGAGAGUGAAGCCGAGAAGCUGCAGCGCGAAAAGGAGAUACUGCGCAACGAUGACAGCGAGAAGCUGUUCGAAUCGACCAUCAUGAAACCCUCCGACAUCCUACCGAUACUGACGGUGACCGAGCUGGACGUGAGGGCGUUGGGCGAUGGAAUGAACAAACCGUCCAACGUUGGCACCGUGACAAGCGC